AUGCGGAACAGGGUAGCCCUUUGCACACUGCCUCUGAUCGGAUUCUCUCUUCGAUGCAUUGCGGGCGAUGUGGUUGUCGAGUCAGAUGAAACUGGCGCUGUCGAUCUCGCAGCGAUGGUCGCUGCUGGCACUCCCAAAGCAUCGUUUGUCGCCCUCGCAGUCUCCUCUGCGCCCGAUGUUCUCAUGGAUUGGUAUCGCCUUAUUUCUCAUGCGGAUGACUCCCCUCUGUUGAAAAUGCUGGCUGGCUGGGAGGGAGAGGACGUUGAUCGCAAGCUCUUGAAUAUUGGGCGCUCGUGA